AUGAUUGAAAAGAUAUUGAAAACUGAAGUUUCUGCUGUUAUACAAAUCAUAGCACAACUUUCAAAAAAUCGUGUUGGAUUUGAUGUUGAGUUUUGCAAUAAUUGGGGUGUUGGUGCUACAACAUGGCACAUAGCUCUUAUUAUCGUUGGCAAAACUUUUGGUGUAGCAAUAGCAGCAUUAGGAUUUUCUUUAUAUUGCAAUCGUUAUGAUAUUAAUAAUGGUUUUAAAAAGUUUAUAGAACAAGUGGAAUGUAAACCUGCAAAUACCGGAUCAUUGAAAAAUGAUGAAGAUGUUAAAGAUUUGCACAUGGAUGAAAAGUUUGAAAAAUACAUAAGAUCUCUCCAGAAACAAAUAAUAUCAGAGAUUGAAUCAAUUGAUGGCAAGAAGUUUCUGAUUGAUGAAUGGAAACGUAGUAACGAAAGUGGCGGUGGUGGAAUUUCAUGUAUUUUACAAGAUGGCAAUGUUUUUGAAAAGGCCGGUGUAAAUAUUUCAGUGGUUUAUGGUUUAUUACCACCAGCAGCAGCAAAUCAGAUGAAAGCAAGACACAAAGAUAUUGAUCCUACAAAAGGACCUUAUCCAUUUUUUGUUGCUGGGAUCUCAAUCGUGAUGCAUCCUCAUAAUCCAAAUGCUCCAACCAUACAUAUGAAUUAUCGUUACUUUGAAAUUAUAAAUCCAGAAACCGGUAAAUCUAUAUGGUGGUUCGGUGGAGGAUCCGAUUUAACACCAUGUUAUCUUUAUGAAGAUGACGCAAUUCAUUUUCAUAAAACUUUAAAAGGUGCAUGUGAUGCUCAUGAUCCCACCUAUUAUCCAAGAUUUAAAAAAUGGUGUGAUGAAUACUUUUAUUUGAAACACCGCGAAGAAGCACGUGGUGUAGGUGGUAUAUUUUUUGAUGAUUUAGAUGAGAAAAAACCUGAAGAAAUAUUUGAAUUUGUUAAACAAUGUGGUGAUGCACUUUUGCCUUCUUAUAUACCAAUUGUGAAACGAAGAAUGAACAUGAAAUUCACCAAGGAGCAGAAACGUUGGCAACAAAUACGUAGAGGACGUUAUGUAGAAUUUAAUUUGUUGUGGGAUCGUGGCACAAAGUUUGGGUUACAAACUCCUGGUGCAAGAAUUGAAAGCAUUUUUAUGUCUUUGCCAUUGACUUCCAGAUGGGAAUAUAUGCAUUCACCUGAGAAAAACAGCAUUGAAGAAAAAUUAAUUGAGGUCUUAAAAAAUCCACGCGAUUGGGCUUCACAAUAA